ACUUAAAGAAAAUGACUAACAUACGCCAUUACCAUCUUUCAUGUGGCUAACGUGCACACCCCAUCUCCUCUUCCCUCCCCAAGAUUACACCUGAAACCCCAACCUUCAAUUUUUUAACCUCCCUUUUAAUACUCCAACCCUCCCUUAACACCCCAAACCCCACACCCUCACUAACAUGCGCCUUCACCCUCUCCACCUUCUCUCCUCCCUCACCCUCACCGCCACCGCCACCACCGCGAUGUCCCCUCCCUCCUCGUCCUCCUCCCUCUCUCUCUCCAAACCCACCCCGUCCCCCCCCCACAAAAAACCCUCCAACCCCUCAUCAAACCCUAACCCUAAUUACUCCUCCCCCUCCCUAUGCAAUCAACACUCCCCGUUCCUAACCCUAGACCUCCUCAUCCUCGUCCUCGUCCUCUUCUCCGGCACCUUCCUCCUCACCUCCUACUUCUCCUACAUCUUCCACUCCCUCUCUCUCCUCCCCCCACUCCCCUCCCUCUCUCUCUCCUCCCCCUCCGUCCUCUACUUCCUCGGCUUCUCCCUCUUCUUUCUCGCCUCCAUCCUCUCCUUCGAGAUCUGCUGCGGGUUUCGAUCCAGAAAGUGCCAAAACCCCAGGUGCAAAGGGCUUAAAAAGGCGAUGGAGUUUGACCUGCAGUUGCAGACGGAGGAGUGUUUGAGAUCGUCGGCCGGGGGGUCGAGGGCGGUGAGGGAGAUCGACGAGCUGCCGUGGAAGGGGGGGAGUGAGGGGAACCCGGAUUAUGAGUGCCUGAGGGCUGAGCUGAGGAAGAUGGCGCCGCCCAACGGGCGGGCCGUGCUGCUGUUCCGGGCCAAGUGCGGGUGCCCGAUCGCGAAGCUCGAGGGGUGGGGCACGAAACGCGGGCGGAAGCACAAGAAGGGCCUGGCUCUAAAUGGAGGAGGAGACUAUCGCUGAUUGUUCAUGAUGGCUCCAUCAGCAGGGACCACGUACUUAUGUUUCUCCUUUUACUAUUAUAUCAUUUACAACCUUUCAAUUUGUGGACGUUCUUUCUUCCAGGAAACUUGUGCAAAUUUAGGAAGAUUCAUUUGAUCUUCGUGUCUUAAACAAUUGUCCUUGUAUGCACAUUCUGUCAUAGGAGAUUCUCUUUCCUGGGUGGAUACCAGAUUAUAGAUGCCAAUAAAUUAUAUGAAUUACAAAGUUGUUUA